CGGUCGUUAUGUCGAUUGUCUAGACAAACUAUUGGUCUUAUUAUCUGGUUAUUGGAGUCACACGGCGUCUACUAUCAAAACUCUUCACAGAUACUUGCCAAAAAUAUAUGGAUUUUAUAAAUGGAUUUGUGUCCAAGAUUAUAGCUCUUUUCGCCCUAAAACAUUAUCUGUUGGAUUACAGUUGACCAAUACGACGUGGUUUUAUAUUUUAAUAGUUUUAGAGGCAGGGGAAAUUAUUUUUGUUGUUACUAAAUAAAAUAGUAUGUUGCUGUGCUAAUAAAUACAUUAAUUAAAUGAACCGUGCAAUAUUAAUAUGUUUACUGCAUGUAUUAGUAUCAUUACAUCAAUGUUGGUCAGAUAAUAUAGUUGUCAGUACCUAUAAUUUAUGGAAUGUUAUGUUUAACUGGGAAACGAGGAAAUACCACAUUGCUCAUUUGAUUCGGGAAACCGAUUCUGACAUCAUUGCCUUUCAAGAAGUUAGAAUAGAUAGAAAUGAAAAGCAUUCUCAAAUCUCAGAACUGCAGAAGUUGCUGCCAGAAUACAGUUGGUCUGUUUGGAGGUCGGCCCAGGCCUCAAAGAUAAUGGGUGCCAUCUGGACAGGAUGGGAGAAAGAGGGAAUUGGUGUUUUAAGUAGAAAACCAAUUGUCAAUACCAGUGUUCAUUAUCUGCUUCACCAUGGUGGGCCAGACACCAACAAACGGAUUUUUCUUCACAUCGCCAUUGGCAUAGUUGGUCGAAUCAUCAAUCUAAUGGUUGUUCAUUUGUCCUAUGACAGAAAACAGCAGUGUAGAAAUGCAGCAGAUAUCUUUCAAUAUAUUUCAUCCAGAAAACUAACUGAUGUAGUUAUUAUAGGAGACAUGAACAUCUACAAUGAUUAUGGGUGGCCAUUAAGAAUUUUUACAGACAGGAAGAUCAAAGGAAAUAACCCAUGUUCACCAUAUACACAAAAACUGGAAAAACAUAACUUCACUUUGUUUUAUGAUUCCUGGGAAACUGGAAACAAUACUGGGAAGGGACUCACUUUUAGCAAUAUGCCAACACCUGGAUAUGAAAGUCGUCCGGAUAGAAUUUUAGUUUCAUAUUCUAUUGACACAGUUAAUAGAAAGCUCGAUGGAAACGGAACAAUGUACAAGCUAAAAUACUCCAGUGCGAUCCAUUUUAAUAGAAUAAAGUCUGUGAUUAGGAACUCCUAUUAUACUUUCAAAGGAAUGUUGGGGUACUCCUGCCUGCACGACUGUGGCCCAAGAGGUUCGUGCCGUUGUGGUAUUUGUGUCAAGGGAGGUAAUUCAAACAACUGUGAGCUGCCAAGCUGCACUGAAUGUGACCGUAUUGUAUUUGUGAAAAUUGUACUUUACAUAUUCACAAAUUUGUUAAUAUUGGCAUUGACAGUGUUUGCAGCACUGCAAGUGUUAAUAGUCUCAGCAAAGUUUAAUCCAGAGACCUUUUUUUCCAUUUUGGGCUUCACAUGUUGCCUUUUUAACCCCAAGUUAUAUAGCUGCAAGAGGUUGGCAAGUCGACAUAGACUGUUUAGAUUGUUCAACAUUCCACCCAUGUUCCUGUUCAUUAUAUGUAUGAUUAGUCUAGUUGUUAUGAUUAUGUUACAUAAAAGAAUAUUUCCUGCAAGUUUUGCAUCCAUAAAUGGAAUCAUGGAGGAGGAGUUUUAUCCAUCAGAUCAUCUAAUGUACUCUGUCCAUCUUAGAAUGAAGCCAUUGUGAUACAAAUUAAAUAUUUAUACCAAGAUUGGAAUUAUUGACAAAACAAAAACACUAAAAAGUUUAGCUGGAUCAAGGUAUAGUUUGUGUGUGAGACAGUAUGAAAGAAAACAAGAAGCUGGAUAUAUUUAAUAAAAAGAAAAACUGAUGUUCAUUUACUGUUUGCAUUUUCAAUGGUUUAUUGUUAAUUUGAGAAAAAAAAGAGGAAUUGUAGAAAUUAAUUUUAGAUGUUCUCAAAAUGUUUUAAUCGUUGUGCCAUGGCACAUACUAAGCUAUGAUACACUUGAGAUGUGUUAUAUUUCUACUUUUAUAUAUGCGUAAAUUUGUAUUAAUGUUUAUAAUACUUUUAUAUGUAUCUUUGUGCUUUUAAAUUCUUAGAUAUAUGUUACUUGCAUUUUAUUUGUUACAAAAAUUUAAAAACAUUAGGGAAGGAUAUUUAUUUAUUUUCAUGUUGAAUAAGAAGUGGAGUAUACAGGCAUCGAAAUAAGUCGAGAACGGUCGUUACCACAUGUAAGAAAAGUCUAGAACAGUGUUUCGUUCUCGAUAAAAAUUUCAACGGUAGUUUCGUUUCCAAACGUAAACCAGGCAAUGCAUUCCAGACUUCCGUGUUUCAUUUUCUCGUAAGGAAUUGCAUCGAUGUUUGCGUGCACUUGUGCAUUUGCAAGCAAUUAUAGUCACUCCGCGUUUAAGCAGCGUUCACUGGAUGAAUUUACUUCCGCGUUUCGUUUUCUAAUACGAAAUUGCACCGAUAUUCGUGCACACUUGUGCAAUUGCAAAUAAUUUCGGUAAUCCGCGUUUAAGCAGCACCCACCAGAUAAAUUCACUUCCAGAUUUCGUUUCUCGUACCGAUAUUCACGCGCACCGAUACAAUUUCAGAACGUCCGCGUUAAAAGUAGUAGCAACAUGAAUUCAAUUCUAACUUUCAUAUAGUUGUGGUAACCUAUGGGUUACCAGGCUAUAUUUUGUGGUAACCUGUAAAUGGCUUACCAGACACAAUGCUUAUUUCGAUGCCUGAGUAUAGCAACUAAAAUGUGGUGCAAUUUUAUGAGAAAUUUUGGAACUGUAAUAGAAAUAACAGUUUUUGUAUGGUGAUGUCCUUGGCAGCCGUUUUAGCUUUUUUCAGUUUUAGCAGCUGGUACUAGUCCAGGACUAGGAGUAGAUACAUCCAUCAAUGAUCAUAUUUUUAACAGUGGAGCAUGUGUCAUCAAGAUUUGUGUCGGCCUACUACAACAAUUUCCAACCAAUAUACUGCUUAAAAUGGUCAAAUAAAACACUAAAAAUUUAA